CCCCGGCCAUGCGACAUUCCCCUCUAGCCCCCCCGCCACUACCCCGCUGCUCCCACCUGGCGUCGGCCGUCAUGCGCUCGUAAGGCGGGCACGGAUUGAGCCAAACGGCGGGAUGGAGUCUCCGUGGUGUCCCGUGCUCGUCUUCGCGUCGGCCGUCUUCCUCUGCUGCUCCACAUCUGCCCGCGCCAACGGAAGCUUUGGUUGCCUGUUUGAAGACGAUCUCUGCCGAGCUUACGAGUUCUGCGUCAACGAUGGAGUUUUCGGGAGGUGUCAGGAGGUGGCCGGAGCCGACCUGAACACGUACGACGUGUCUUCCUCCGGCUUGCUGCGCCUCAGGACGCUCUUGCAGAAACUGGCUCACAGAGGUCUGACGUGGCAGGAUGACAUCACCCAGCAGGUGAUCUCCCGAGAGCUCUCCAAGCUGAGGAGCGGCCCCCUCGGCCACCAGGAGGCAGUGGAGGUGCCCUUCAGGUCCUACGGCAGGACAGUGGGCAGCAAUGCGAGGCCUGGGCAGGCGGAGCUGAGCAAGAACCUUCAACGCUUCCUGAAAGGUCUGCACUUCCUGCCACAGCUCCAGCCUGGAGUCCAACAAGAGGCAGCCAGCACGCAGAAUGAAGGUAUCGCCUACGAUGGUCCUCCGGAUCGUAGUCCGCCAAAGUCGGGCUGGAAGGAGACCAGUGUCUACAGCCUCCAGAACGGAGCGGACCGACUCCCCGUCACCAAGGUUUUCUCUCAGAGUGGCGAGGGCAGGCACCCCAAGCUUAACGCCCCCUACAAGCCCCUCUCCAACCACUUGGAUCAGCUCGUUGGGGGAGGUGCACCGUCAGAGUCCAAAGGGAAGCUCCGCUACCUCGGCUACAUACGUCCGCCUCCAGAUGAGGUCCGGGUGGAUUUUGGAUCCAAAGCCCCGAAAAUCAACCUGGAUGGACUUUUGUUCAGGAGUGGGUCCGACCAACUGACCGCCAAGAAGCCCCCUAAUGUCAUGAAAGAUCAAUUAAUUCAGGGUAUGGUGAACCAUUUGGGAGGGCACAGCUUUAAAAUGGACCCGUGGCUGGCCAAAGACCUGGACCAGUUCGCCGACGUCAUCACCGGAGCGCUGCAGGAAGCCGAGGUGAGGCAAUCGGAUCCAGGGACCCAACCGGGACCAGGAACCCCAGAGUCUGGCCGGAUCAUGGAGGGAGAAAGGAAGCCAAUGACUGACAUGGAACCAAACCAAGUGUUGAGUGUGAAACCGGACAAAGUGCUAGAUGUGAACCAGAAGGGCCCUUUCAGAUUCAGACAAGGCCAACAAGUUGAUGGCGCAGCCGACAAGGAGCCUGUUGACAAGCAUACGGCCAUUUUCUCCAAGCUCCUCGACUACCUCGACACGUUCGGUGACUCCUCUACAGUCCAACCUGCUCCUGGUGAAAAAGUGGUGGGCCUGGAGAACAUCCAUAGUCGUACUACGCAGUCCCAGGGUGCGGAGAAAGCUGUGUCGGCGCCCGCCGGGGAAGGCUCCACCUUGCGUUUGACCGGUGGUGCGGCGACGCCCCUUGCCCAACAGGCCGACUCCAAGAUAGGGAAAUGGAUGCAAAAGCCUGCCGGGAAAGACAUGAAGGUGAAAACUCAGCUGGUCCACAUCGGCUUGAAGGAGUUUUCCAGCAGGGGGAAAGACAGACAUUUUGGAUACAUCAUAACCGGCUCAGACUCCCUCACCUCCGACAAGGCCAUGGUCUUGAUGGAGCGACUCACCCAGGAGCUGAACCUCCACGUCGCAGACCUCACACAGCUCUCUGUUCUCGGCCCGGCGUUGACUUUUCGAGUCGGCCCCAACCCCGCCAAUGUAACCGCGGCAGAUCUGGUCCAAGUUGCAGUUCGAGCAAAGCAGCAGCUGGAGAAGGAGACAGGCCUGAAGAUAGUGGAGGCUGGAGUCAGUGACAGGGGCAGCCUGAGCCACAUCCCCGUGGUGAAGGAGACCCGGGUGGAGUCGGGCCAGCUGGUGGUUCUCUCCGUGCUGUGCGUGCUUUUCGUCCUGGUGGCGCUGGCGGUGUCGGCCACCUUCUUCUGCGUGCGCCAGCGCUCCCACCUGCGCAUGAAGGAGAAACUCUCCAGCUUGGGCACUGACACCGGCAGCGAUGCCACGGCAACCUAUCAGGAGCUGUGUCGCCAGCGUAUGGCCAUCCGGGCGUCGGAGCGCGUGGAGCGUCCAGAGACGCUACGCCACUCGCGGCUCAACAGCGUGUCGUCCCAGUUUAGCGACGGCCCCGGCGCCGGAAGCCCUUCCACGCGCAGCAGCACGUCCUCCUGGUGCGAGGAACCCGUGCCGUCCAACAUGGACAUCUCCACCGGUCACAUGAUACUGUCCUACAUGGAGGACCACUUGAAGAACAAGAACCGUCUGGAGCGCGAGUGGGAGGCCCUUUGCUCGUACCAGGCAGAACCCGGCACCUGCAGCGUGGCCCAGAGCGAGCAAAGCACCAGGAAGAACCGCUCAGAUGCCGUGCUAGCAUAUGAUCAUUCUAGAAUCACCUUGAAAGCAGAGAAUAACCACAGCGGCUCCGAUUACAUCAAUGCCAGUCCAAUCAUGGACCACGACCCUCGCAACCCCACUUACAUCGCCUCGCAGGGCCCGCUUCCCUCCACCGUGGCCGACUUCUGGCAGAUGGUGUGGGAGAGCGGCUGCGUGGUGGUCGUCAUGCUCACGCCCGUCUCGGAGAACGGCGUCAAGCAGUGUCACCAUUACUGGCCGGACGAGGGAUCUGACGUCUACCACUUCUACGAGGUGAACCUGGUGUCCGAGCACAUCUGGUGCGAGGACUUCCUGGUCCGGAGCUUCUACCUGAAGAACCUGCACACCAACGAGACGCGCACCGUCACGCAGUUCCACUUCCUCUCCUGGAUGGACCGCGGCGUCCCCAACACGGCGCGCACCCUCUUGGACUUCCGCAGAAAGGUUAACAAGUGCUACCGGGGUCGAUCUUGCCCGAUUAUUGUUCACUGCAGUGAUGGCGCUGGCAGGAGUGGGACCUACAUUCUGAUUGACAUGGUCCUCAAUAGGAUGGCGAAAGGUGCCAAAGAGAUUGAUAUUGCCGCUAGCCUGGAGCACUUGAGAGACCAGAGAGCCGGCAUGGUCCACACAAAGGAGCAGUUUGAGUUCGCGUUGACGGCCGUGGCCGAGGAGGUGAACGCCAUCCUCAAAGCGAUGCCUCAGUGAAGGCGCGCACCUCCUCUUCAUCGUCAUCUUCAUCCUCUUCUUCUUCUUCUUCUUCUUCUUCUUCUCUAUAUAUACGCGGCGCUAGCCCUCUUCUGAAUGUGGUGCCGAGAUCGUAGCUGGAAGCACAGUGGCCAAAGGUUGCGUUCAGGUACCACCAGCUGGUACGGGAUCUGAGCUGAUAGGAUUCCCCGAUUAGGUCUGAAAUGACAAGUCCGUCAUCGUCCAAUGAAAAGCAUGUCAAUUUGGGGAUUUUUUAUUUUUUUUUAUUAUUAUUUUUUGGGGGGGCAAAUUUUUAUUCCAAAACACCAAUCUAUUAAUAUGAGAAAAUAGUUUUUAUGUGAGAGUAAAAAUGCAUGAAACAAACCAAAAUAAUAUCAUAAAAUUGUGACUUUUUUUGGGUCUUAUAAUUUUGCAGCUAUUUUUGCGUAUUCUUUUUAUUUCUUUUUUAUAUAAUUUAUUUUAAAAUAUAUAUAUAUAUAUUUUACUAGAAUAAAAAUGAGCUUUUUUUCUUGAGAAUUAAGUUAUAAUAUUGUGAGAGGAACGUGUAAGUUUACAAUAUAAUGGAAGAAUUUUUAUUUUUUUCUUGCAAUCGUACAAUUUCAUUCUUGUUUAUUUUUCUCUCUUCUCUUUAUUUCAUUUGACUUUUUACAAAAAAAAAAAAAAAUUCGAGAAUAAAUUAUGAGACUUAAGUAAUAUUACGGCAAAAUAAAUAUUGAAAAAAGUUCUAAUUUUACAAGAAUAAAGUCAUACAAUUUUUUUCCUCAAGAAAAAAAAUAAUUGUUUUACAAUAACUACGUCAUAAUAUUAAGAAGAAUGUCAAAAUAUUACAAUAAAAUGUAAUAUCGCAAGCAUUACGUCGUCCUGUUAUUAUUGUAAUAACGCCACUUCAUUUUCACAUUAUUUCAAGAAAUACAUGCUUUUCAUUGGACAGCGGCACAGACGUACUUGAAGGCACCGUUCUCGUGCCACUGGCCAGCUGUGACGUCAUGUUGAGUGAAGAAUUACAAAGAUGUAAAAAAAAAUAAUAAAAAGCAUAUAAACUACUUUGACUAUGUGCAGUUGACUCUAUGGAUUUUAAUAUUGAGCAAAUGAUGCAAAUGACGUUGGACUAAGACACUAUCAUUGUAACUGCAGAAAACAAUAGAGAAAGUCAUAAUCAUGAGAACGAUGUAGAAGUACGAGUGUGUCAUUUAAUACUAUUUUAGGAGAAUAAGAUUAAAAAAAUGUUUUUACAAGAAUAGUAAAAUAGAAUAGCAAAAAUGAUGUCCUAAUAUUACAAGAAAAGGUGGCAAUUAUUAUGAGAAUACACUCAAUCACGAGAGCAAGUCAUAAUAUUACGAGAAUCACUUCGUAAUUCCAGCUAUAAAGUUAACGUUUUCAAGAAUGAAGAAUGACCGGUUGCUAGAAAACAUAAAGUAACAUGAUGAGAAAACCAGAAUAGAAGUCAUAAUUCCAAGAAUAAAGUCAACAUUAACCAGAAUUAAAACCUAAUCUUACAAAACAAACUAAAAUUCACGAGAAUAAAGUAUUGGAAGUAUUUUAUAGUCAUAAAAGUCAGCCGUCAGUAAUAAAGAAGUUAUAAUAUCAAAAAAAUUAAUGGUGUGAGGAAAAAAAAUGCAAUUUUACGAGAAUAGUCAUAAUUCCAUAAAUAAGGAUGAUGUCAUAAUAUUCUGAGGGGGGAAAAAAAGAAAUGUUUACAAGAAUAAUGUCAUCAUGUCACAAGAGAGAGAAAUCGUGUCAUUUUACGAGAAUAAACACUCAAUACUGCGAGAAAAAUACUUGGAAUUUUCCGAGAAUAAAGUCAUAAAUUUACAAGAAAAAAUUGUGUCGUUUUACGAGAAUAGUCGUAAUUCCGAGAAUAAAGCCACGGUUUACGAAUGAAGUUCUAAUUCUAAGUAAGGACGUCAAUGUUUUACAAAAAUCGUCAUGAUUUCACAAACGAAGGCAAGAUUUACGGAUAUUGUUUGGUAAUAUUACUAGUCUAAUUGUAUUCUAACAUUACAUUAAGACUGCGCAAACAUUUGUGACUAUUCUCGAGAAAUAGACAGUCUCCGACUGUUACGUUAAAACAAUUCUCAUAUCGCUGCUUUAUUCCGCGAACUCCAACCUUUCCCUGUCACCUUUACAUAACCAUUAUUCUUGUUUUUAACUGCGGCCCUGUUAUUACUUGCUCCGAAUUAACCUUACACGUAAAUAUUGCCGUGCUAAAAACUCCAAUGAUAACGCUACACUAUCGUUCAUUGACACCACAUGACUGCUAAUAAUUACAAUAAAUAACAAUAACUAGAAGUAGUGUCUUGUCCUCUUACUAUUGCUAGUAAGUGUUCCAUCUAUUUAGCGACAAUGUGUGCUAGCAUCGUGGUUGCUGUAUUCAUGUAUCACGGAAACAUUGUGAUAUGUUGUGCAACAUGACAAUAGUAUGAUUUGGCUCUGUAAGAACAAUGCUGUUUAUUUUGUGUCCACGCGGUAACAUUUAUAUUGAUAAUAAAGAUAAAUGAAAACUAA